AUGCAGGCUAUGAUCCAAGCCACAAAGGUGCCGAACUUGCCCAACAACGAUCCUGUCAAGGAGUACAUGAUGGCCGCAUCAGAGAGAAUUUGUGCAACGAUGAAGCAAGAUUUUCUGCCGUUUGUGUCCCACAUUCUGCCUGGAGUCCUGGAGAGGUUCACGCUGGCCCCGAGGGAGUUCACCGGUGGGGACGAGGUCGAUGACAACGAUGAAGUGAAUCUGACGCUGAUGCAAGAAAAUGGGCAGGUCAAGGUUAUGAUCAUGUAUUCAUCCGAAAUCCAGGACCUGAAAGCAGCAUUGGAGUGUGUGCAUACGUUCGUGGAAGAGCUCGCAGCCGCGUAUGCCCCUUUCGUGGGAGAGACAGCCAAGGCCUUGCUUCCAGUCUUUGAUUUCUGCAUGGAGGAUGGCAUCAGGGAUUUGGCGUUCGAGACAUGGGGUCAGCUGUGUCGCAGCGCGCGACAGGGUGGUCAGGUUCAGAUUGUCAAUGAACUAGUCAUGGAGUUUCUGAAGCGGGCGCUUCCGAAAUUCGAAGCUGCGAAGGUGGAUGUGGCCGAACUCAAGACAAGCGCUGACGGAAUGACUGCUUGCCUGAGGGAAGCUGGUCCCGGAAUCCUCCACGCCGAGCAGUUGCGGCAUAUUUGCCGCACAACGCUUAGUGCCCUUGCCGAGUCGCUGAAGCGGCGCUCCGAGGCAGCUAAGGGCAGGCCAGCACAGCAAGCACAGCAAGACGAGGAUGGAGAGGACCAUGAUGACGACGACGAAGAAGACGAGCAGGCACUUCGAACAUCCAUGUGUGAAGUGGCAGGGUCACUGAUGCAGCACCAUGCUGACAUAUUUAUCGCCGAGAGCUUUUCAGACUAUUUGACCUUGGUUGUCCAGUGGCUCCAACCUGGUUCGGCAAAAGAAGACAGACUGCUGGCAUUGUUCGUGAUCUGCGACUUCCUUGAACACUUGGGUGACAAGGUUGUUGCUCAAUGGCCACAGUUUGUGCCAAAGAUUGUCGAGGACAUCCUGCACCCGGAUGCAGAUCUGCGUCAACCGGCGUGCUAUGGUGUGUCGCUCGCAGCAAAGUUGCAGGCUUUCGCGCCCCUGGCGCUGGAUGCAGCAAACAAACUCUCCCAGGUUGUGACCCAGUCAAGGCAAAGGACCAAGAAGAAGUCUGAAAAGGCUGCGCAGGCUUGCGCAGACAAUGCGCUGUCUGCUCUUGUCGAGAUCCUGCUCUCCCAUCCACAAGCGAUUACGUCCGUUCAGGCUCAAGCGUGGAAUGUUUGGCUGGGUGGCCUGCCUUGCCAGGAGGAUGAUGUUGAAGGCGUCCGAAACCACCGCAAACUUCUCGAGCUUCUUCAACAG